AAGAACGCGUUGGGUAGGUGCCCAGUUAAACAUCAUGAGGCUUUCCGAGUUAUGGGGUCCUUGCGUCGUUUUCAUAGCUCUCAGUGGUGUCGGAGUCAAUGGACAAGGCUUUACUGAUACCUACAUCACGUCGAUAGUGUCACCGGAGUUCCCCUGGCCGUAUCCCUCUGACAUCCAACGGCAAUGGCAGAUACAAACGGAUGUUGACCAGAUGAUUAUAAUCUUCAUUAACUACCUGGACAUCGAGCAUCCUUGGGACACGUUGACCUUGACCCACUCUGCUGCACACGACACCAGUUUAACUCGCAUCCCAUUGGUCAGUGGAAAUCUGACGUCUCUUUGUCUACCCGGGGGACUCACCACUAUUUCGUUUUGCACUGAUCUUGUCCAAGAGCGGGGUGGCUUCUCAUUGGACAUUCGAUUUUACGAUGCAAAUGUCACAGGCCAGCUCUUCGAUGAUGCAUUCAAGUGCGCUUCAGGGAUUGAGACCAUUCGAAACGAGGCUCGUUGUGACGGGAUUGUCGACUGUCAUGAUUUCUCAGACGAGGUCGAUUGUGGAGCAUGCGACCCGGAUUCUUUCCAGUGCCGCGGGAGUGCUAUUUGUAUCCUUCCCAGCAGACAGUGCGAUGGAUGGAGUGACUGUCCUCUAUCUGAUGACGAAGAACAGUGUGACACCUUGAAAUGUCCCGAGGGCUAUUCUUGUGGUGAAUCGUCGUACAAUGAUCGACAUGGACCCGUUCCAUCGGCAUGCAGUGGUCCCCAGUGGAACCCUUUCUGGGUAAAUGGCACAGAACCCUGGUUUGGACAAUCCUUGCAGAAUGUUGCACCAAAGGCCACACUAUUAAAUCUAAAUGGAUUACCAGUCAUGGAGUUGAAUAUAAGUAUGUUUGACGGAAUGAGGAACCUACAUACUCUAGACAUCUCUUCAUGCCAGUUAGAAAGACUGCCGCCAGGGGUUUUCCGCAAACUUUCGCGCCUGUGGAAAAUUGUUGCAAUCAACAACAGUCUGACGUAUCUAGAGAAUGGCACGUUUACAGGACUAGUCAACCUGAGGCUCCUAUACUUAGAUUAUAAUCUGAUAAUGCGUUUAGACGAGGGGUGCUUCACAGAUCUUGGUCGUCUCUUUUUCAUUGACCUCGGUUACAACCAGCUAUCCAAGAUUCGCCCAGGUACAUUUAAAGAUUGCAGUUCCAUGGAGCGCCUGGUAAUGCCUAAAAACCAUAUUGAAAGUGUGAAUAGUUCCGUAUUUGAAGGAAUAGAAAAACACCUCAAGAUAGUCUCCUUUCGUGAUAAUCCUCUUCAUUCCAUCGCCCCCGGUACUUUCGACGGUCUAACUCGACUCGAUGAUCUACAUAUUAUGUCCACUACGACGAAACGUAUCCAGCUUUUCCCGGAGAUAUUUCAGGGAUUGGAGAACCUGCUUGCAUUAGUGGUGUAUGACUCCCGGCUCUGUUGCAUCGCACCAGAGAGAGCCUCAUGCGUUGAGCGAGUACCCUCUCAUCCCCUCUUCACCUGUCGGAAGACCUUCCUCCAGAACCUAAUCAUCAAGAUCUUCAUGUGGAUCCUGGGUAUCAGUGCGUUGCUAGGCAACGCCUUCGUUAUUUUGAUGCGUCUUCGGUGGAAGGAGACGACAUCAGCGGGCAGUAUUCAGUCAAUCUUUAUCACCAAUCUGGCCUUUGCCGACUUCUUGAUGGGCACCUACAUGAUCAUCCUUGCCACUAUGGAUCUCUACAUAGGUGAUUCGUACUUCUGGGAGGGUCGAGCCGAGGAGUGGAGAUCGAGUAUCGUCUGCCAGAUAGCUGGCUUUAUCACAUUCUUGAGCAGCGAGGCAUCUGUCUUCCUCCUCACCCUCCUCACCGUCGACCGCUUCAUCUGUAUCAUCUUUCCAUUCAGUACGUACCACAUCACCGUCGCCAAAGCACGCAUCCUCACCGGCUGUAUCUGGGUGUUCUCUUUCCUACUUGGUCUCGUCUCCAUCCUGGUUAACUACCUCAACCCCGACGCGUACAGUCUGAGUGACGUGUGCAUUGGCCUGCCACUCAUCCGCAAGUCUGUUGACCUGUAUGCCGAACUUGACGAGAAUACACAGUCUCGGUAUGACGUAGCGAACUUCAACACGGUAGCUUCAUCCACCGUGUCUACCUGGGAGUUUUCCAUCGCCGUCUUUUUGGGUAUAAACCUCAUCAGUUUCAUCGUCAUCUUUCUCUCCUACAUUGCCAUUUUCUUCAGGGUGCGUUAUGUACGUGGCCAAGUCGGUCGUAAGGGGAAAGCGGCGAACGAGAUCAAGAUGGCCCUUAAGCUCCUCUUCAUAGUCGGCACGGACUUCUUCUGUUGGAUGCCCAUCAUUAUCCUGGGUAUCCUCAUCGAAGCAAACGUCAUCACCAUCUCCUCCAACGUCUAUGCCUGGUUGGUGGUGUUCAUACUCCCCAUCAACUCCUCGAUCAAUCCCUACUUGUACACCAUCAUCAACGAGCCGACGACCACGCCCCAUCGAGAAUCGAAGAAAUAAUAUAUACAAACAAAAAGAAGAAGAAGAAGAAGAGGAA